UCGCCCUGCCUCGUCCCUCCCCAAGCCUCGCGUCGCCUCGACUGCCUCGAGCUCGCCCUCCAACGCUCACUGCACGUCGUCGCCGUCGUCGUCGUCGUCGCUGCUCCACGCCAAGGCCCUCACCCCGGCGGGGCUCAUCAAGAAGCGCGCCCUGUGCGCGUGGCUCGGCGACCACGAGGCCCAGCUCGGCUCGAGGGCGGCGGUCGUCGCUGCCCGCGUCCACGGCGAGCGUCUCGUCCUUCAAGAGGAGGCCUACGAGCAUUCACUCUUGGCAGCGACGGCGCGCUGCCCACCUAAGGCGCGUGCGAGCGCUUCACAGCGCCGCGCGAGGCUGCAGCGCCGCGUCGAGAUCCACAUGGACGCCCACCUCGCAACCGUCCUCGGCCGUCCGACUCUCGCCGCCGUUGUUGCUGCCCCCAAGGCCCGCCGCCAGCCGCAGCGCGCCUCGUCGUCCCCCCUCGCGCGCGAGUGCACGGCCGACCUCGUCGCCGCGCGCCGCGUCCGCUUUGCCGUCGCGGCGUCGACGCCCGAGUGCGCAACGCGCAACGCACACUUGCCCCUGGACCGCCUGCUGCGCGACGUCGAGAGUACGGGCGCCGGUGCUCGCCGCUUCGCGCUCGUCAACGCGGCGGCGUCGGUUCACUGAGCGCAGGUGUCGUGCUGAGGCGCGAAGCGCCUCUGAUGCUCGACCAGUCGCUCUUUUGUCGUCCUCUCUUGGGGACUAUUCCUGUAUCUCGCUGUCCGGCGCUCGCUCGUGUUGUACUCGUCCCCUCAGCUCCUCGUCGUCGCUCUUUGCCCUCUCCCUGUAUCGCGCAUUUGUCCAUCUAGCCUCGCCGCCCCGCAGUCCGUUGACGAGACGAGAAGAGAAGAGAGGCACAAUGGCAGCUGAAAGCCGCAGAGAGUGGUCGCCGCAGUUGAG